AUGCAUGUCCCCGGGGAUCUAGGUUUUUCCAGCCUGGUCCUUGCGGCGGUGUGCCUCGCUUUCCCGAUUGCAAUCCUCUUAAUUCAUCGCAAAUGGCGGAUUGCCGUCGCCAGGAACGAGGAGAUCAACAGGCUCCUCGUGUUGGCGUCCGAGGAGGCUGUUAGAGCUGAGCUCGAGGCUACGGUUUCCUACACUGCCGUCCCUGUGCCCCGGAAUGUGUACCAGUGCGUUGUUUGUUAUUCCCCAACCACCACGCGAUGUGCCCAGUGCAAAGCCGUCCGAUAUUGUUCUGGAAAAUGCCAAAUCAUCCACUGGCGACAGGGUCAUAAGGAUGAUUGUCAUCCUCCCUCCAUCUUGAAUGAUGAUAGAACUAGUUUCAAGGUGGAGGUGGCAGAGAAAAUUGAGCCUCAUACUUAUGAUGCCAGAUGGGAAAAUGCACCAAGUGAUACAUCAUCAACUGAGCAUGCAUCUUCUGAUUCCGGUUGGUCUCCUGAAGUUGCACUUAGAAAGGAAGAAGAUACUGGAGUUGAUUUCAUUUCAGAUACAAGAGGGGUGGAUUCUACAUCUGAAUCGUCAGGUACCUUCUUUUCAGGAUUUUCUAGUCCUGCUACGAGCGGGGAAUCGUCUGAUGAGGCUUCUGUCAGUGAAAGCAUCAGUUCAAAUGAUCCUGAGGGUCCAGAUAGACAAACAUCCACCUAUGUUGCAUCUGACAUUCUCCGUUCUGGCUUGAGCAAAGUGGAUCAGCUGGAGCCAUUGUCUCCAAAAUUUGCUAAGUUGGCUGAUGCCACUGAUAAUGUUAAUUUUAUGGCUCGUUCAGAUGACAUCAAACCGCAUAGUGGAGAGCCAACAAAUAUUUAUGCGUCCUCUAGUUCCUCAGGUCCCAGCAUCAGUGCUACAUUUUCUAAAACCAACCCUGUUAAGAUUGCUUCUGAUUAUUGGGGUGGCACUUCAGAGUCUGUUGUGGCCACUGUUGUUGAUGAUGUUAAUGCUAAACCCAAUUCUGCUAGAGCUGUGAAGACUAAGCGGUCAGAAGGAGAAAAACUUAUAUCUGAUGAGGAACCCAGUAGGAAAUCUGCACUCGAGAAUAUCAUUGCGGAUGCUCCAAGAAUCAGUAGCUCUAAAUCUGGGAACUCAGAAAGGCAUACUCGCAUCAAGAAUGACUCCUGUGGGGAUUCAAAAGUCUUAAUGACCCAUGAGCUUAGGGCUGCAUCAAAGUCCUCUGCUCCGCAUGUAUCUUCCAGUUGUGAAGGGGAUGCAUUGUAUGGAGAUGCUUCGAAAUUCUCUGGAUUGUAUUCCUUGAACAAGAGAUCAAAUCUUCUUGCUAGUGAUACAAUAGCAGCUUCACAUUUGUCAAAACCCAGACUAUCUUCUGAGCAGCAUGCUUCUAGUAUGAUUGCGCAGCCAUUGCUAAUUGUGAAAGCUGUGAAAGUUGAAAAUGGUGAAGUGUUACCUGUUACUUCUAACCAGUCUGGAAGCAUGUCUUCAAGUUCUAUGAGUGGAUUGAGAUCAUCAAUGAGGAAGGUUGUUGACCAACUUAGAGGACCUAAAUGUGGAAGAUACAGUAAUAAGGGCAUUUUUCUUUAUGAUCUAUUUGUAAAGUUAUACUCUCACAAGGUGGAUUUCCAACCAUGCGGACUCAUCAAUUGCGGGAACAGCUGCUAUGCUAAUGCUGUUCUUCAGUGCUUGUCAUUUACACCUCCUCUGACUGCUUAUUUUUCCCAAGGACACCACUCUAAAGCCUGUGUAAGGAAGGGAUGGUGUUUCACUUGUGAGCUUGAAAAUCUGGUUUUGAAGGCUAAGGAAGGGAGAAGCCCACUCUCUCCCGUUUCUAUACUUUCACAACUACAGAACAUUGCAAGCAACCUAGGUAAUGGGAGAGAAGAAGAUGCACAUGAAUUUUUGAGGUAUGCUAUCGACGCUAUGCAAUCUGUUUGCCUGAAAGAAGAUGGAAUUAAAGCAGUGGGCUCAACCGAAGAAGAAACUACCCUUAUUGGCCUGACAUUCGGGGGCUAUCUAAGAUCAAAGAUAAAAUGCAUGAAGUGCCACUACAAAUCAGAACGGCAAGAAAGAAUGAUGGAUCUCACAGUUGAAAUCGAAGGGGACAUAGGCAAGCUAGAAGAUGCGCUCAGACGAUUUACUAGUACUGAGAUUCUAGAUGGGGAAAACAAGUACCAGUGCGGCAGAUGCAAAUCUUAUGAGAAAGCCAAGAAGAAGCUGACAAUAUUGAAGGCACCUAAUAUACUUACAAUUGCUUUGAAGAGAUUCCAGUCGGGUAAAUUUGGAAAGCUCAAUAAAUCGAUUCGGUUCCCUGAGAUCCUGGACCUGGCACCAUACAUGAGUGGUACAAGUGAUAAAUCGCCAAUUUACAGGCUCUACGCGGUGAUCGUUCACCUAGAUGUAAUGAAUGCUUCAUUUUCCGGUCACUAUGUGUGCUAUGUUAAAAAUAGCCAGAAUAGGUGGUUCAAGAUUGACGACAGCACGGUAACAACUGUUGAACUGGAAAGGGUCUUGAGCAAAGGUGCAUACAUGCUUCUUUAUGCAAGAUGCUCUCCCCAGGCCCCACCAGGGUUGAUAAGGAAUGGAACAGUACUGUCUCCUGAUGUGAAGAAUAAUAAAAGCAGCAGUGCUUCUAAAAUCCACCCGAAGGUGGGAGUAAUAAGUUCGAGAUCAAGUGGCGAUCAUGAGUUGCUUCACCAUCAGCCCAAUUCAGUAGCGUCUUCUCUGGAUAAUGAAGCAGCAAGUGUGGAAUCUUUCUAUUUGAAGUUCCACCGGUUGCAGAGGAUCUUGGAAGAGGACUCCUCAUCUGGCGACAAUUACUCGUUCACCAGCAGCAAUAAUUCUGAUGAAGGCUCGUGCAGCACUGAUAGCACCCGGGAUUCCACGAGUGCUGAUGAUCUUUCCGAUUACAUUUUUGGGUGUUGGAACAGUAGCACUUGGAGGAAAGCAGCUGCAGAUUUUGACGCCGCCACGGCAUCUUCAUCAUCGUCAUCGUCGACUUCUUCAUCUCCGUUGUACUCGAGGCAUUCACCCCUUUCCAACACAGACCGGGAUGCUUCAGCAGCAGGGUUUGCAGAGACAUCUGGAAGUCAUUGUGGUGAUGUUUGGGAGAAUAGGGCGGGGAGCAGGAGGGUAACGGAAGGAGGUGACCGUCGGUUUUACCACGCUGACACGGUUAAGCAUAGUGCUCAUCGUAGUAGGAAAUUAGGUAGUAGUAGUUGUAGAGAAGCUGACUCGGAGAGAUUAGUAGGACGGGUUAGUAGCAAGUUGUCUUCAAAUGGUGUAAAAUCUGGUGUACCCUUUAGGAGAUCAGUGAGCGACAGAACAGAUUAA